CCCCAAUGGAAGCCUAAGUAUGGUAAGCACAUGACUCAAAUCUAGUCAUUUGGGGGAGCCAGGGGGUUGUAGUGGUAGUAUUUAUCAAUAUACAAGUAUGAAUAUAUAGCAUUCCUAAUGUACAAAUGACACAGCUGGAAUCAUUCCGCCAAAGCUAUACGAUACUACUAGUAGAACACGUUAAAGAUUUGAGCACAUGUACAUUUGGUGACAUGACUGGUGGGAUUAAAAACUCAAUGCUACUGAGCAAGCACAUUUUGUAUGCAUUUAGUGUUUUAGUCAAAGUAGUAGUCAUUGCACGAAAAAAUAUGGGUCCAAACUCUACAACUGCUGGUUUGGUCUGUAGAUUUCAGUGCCCACCCUAUGCAAUAUCUUCUUCCUUGACUUCAACCAGGUUGUCUAUCCAUGAGAGGGACCAAAAGAAGCAAAUUUCAACAGAUUUGUGUUCAAACAAUGUCAAUGUUACUUUUCAGAAUUCAAGAAUAGAAUUAUUGAAAUCUUAAUAUAUCUUUYAAAAAGUGUGAUUCUGUAUUUUGAUUGGCAAAGUACUAGCUAGUUUGAUUCACCAAUUAGUAAAUUUCAUGAAAAUGUUAUUACUUGUUAUCAUGAUAUACAAGAAGUAAACAACAGAUAGUAGAGACCAGCAUACUAUUGUAUAGAGUGGGCAACCAUCUGGGUGUUGCUAAAUACUCAAGAAGUGCAUUCAAGUCUGAACAUUGAAGAUUAAAAUAGGUACAACUGGAAUUGUGCUUUUUGUCUGCCCACACUAUUACUUGUAAUUAAAUAGGAAGUAAGCAUAUGCAAUCAAAACAAUCUUAAAUAUUUUGCUAUAUUCAAUCAAACAUGGACUGCUGCUAGAGUAGUAGAGGCAAGGUUCCAAGAAUAUUGACACCCCAGACUUUUUUUGAGUGUUUCUUAGUGAAACAGGAGACUCCCAUUGCAACAUGAUGUAGUACUARCAUUCAAGACAUCUGUGUUAUUCAAUAAUAUCAUUCAAAUUAAUCCCUUAAUUAAAUUGUUUUACUGUCAGUAAAUUGACAAAAGUUUGACCAAUGACCACAUUGCCAAUGCCCCAAAAUGAGAAUCAUCUGCUGUGCUCAGAACUUAGGAGGUUGYAAAAAAAUGGUGAAUGUAGUCCAGUUAUGGAACUGACAAAAUGUCAGAACAACCCAGCAGCUUGUCUUCCCUUCUUUUUCAAUUAUUCAUCACAUAGAAGAAUAAAAGUUUGGCUUCUAGAAGUAGUACUACCACUUGCAAAAUACUAACAAUUGUAUCAGUGUGUAAUUCACCAGUCACCAGAGUAUUUUCUUGUGACCCAGACAUUUUUGGGGGGCUUUUACAAUUUUGAUGCUUUCUUUAGAUUAAGACAACAAAAUCAUGCUUCCCUGAUCAAAAUGUUCAUAGCUGCUACUAGUUUGACUUUGAGUUUAUCUUUUUUUWWAAAAAAAAUCAAGUUUCUUCUUGCUACCAACUGGACUAGUAUUACCUCACUUGUCACACAAUUAUAACUUUUGUAACAAAUCAAGGGUCCAAAAUUCAUUUUAUUUUAAUUGGAGGGCUGCUACUAUUGGAUACAUUAUAGUGUGUGCCAAUUUAUUCUAACUCAUGUUUAGACAUCCAAAAAGCAAUUAAUUUUUUUAUGGUAGGACAGUUCUUUGAGUGAUGUUCCACUUUAUCUCAGUUCUUUUUUAGUGUGGACAAGCUGUUGCUUUUACAUCAGAAGAAUCCCAUUGUGCAAGUUUUGAAUCAUUUUGGUAAUUUCAAUCAAUUCUAUUUUUUGAUUCUCACAAGCACAAGUUAAAAUACUACUGUAAUUCUGGUCAUUGAAUUAUUUAGAUAUGAUUUGAUAUCAAAUUCAGGCACAAGAGAUGGAGAUUUACUAUAGGGGGCAUUGAACAGCCUCCCUCCACCAGUAUCCAAAAUCUAAUAUCUCCAUGUUGCUUGAAUUCAUCCCUAACCAAUGGGUUGCCAUAGAAUUCCUCACCAUCAAACUUGUCCUGCCCACUGCUGUUACUAUCAUUGUUCUUCAUGUCAACACCAAAUUGGCUUCAUCCAAAAAUCUAUUUUGUAUUGACUCAUCAAUGACCUUGCCUGUUUGAGGACAGAAUGGUGGCAGGAGUGGUUCUUUCGAACUAGUAAGAACACCAGCAGACAGCAAUCGAAUGCCAUUUGCACAGAGGUACUAGUAGUAAUUGUUGCUUUUAAGCUGUUGGCAACAAAAUACCAAUCUGGCUUGAUUGGUCUGCAUUAUGGAAUUUUUUGCAACAUCUUGUUAACUGUUUUUUCAACUUUCCUAAACAACAAAGAACUUACUAGCUACAUAGUAGUACCUCAGAAGGAGUUGAUUCUAGUAGUAGUAUCAGCAAGAGAAUGAGAGAUGACAGUUAUACUAAGCAUUUGCAACAACAAGCACCCGCAGCUUUUUGAACUUUUUAGUAKUAGUAAUACUACUACAUAAAAUACCAGUGGUCCCUUCUUGCAACCAAAAGAAUAUAUAGUWUCUAGACCAKUAAGGAAGUGCUGGUGGGCGUAUCAUACAGGGGGGGACUCUGCACUACAAUACUUAAACAACAUAAUGAUAUUAGCAAAAAUCCAAGCAAUAUUGAGAAUUUGUCCUAUGAUUUAGAUGGUUACAACAUGCUCAGUAAUGUGUGAAGGAGGUUGGGUUGCAAAUCGCCACGUGGUUGUGCCUUGUCCAACACCACUCCCUGGACAAACAAGGUACCACCAUUUGGAGUAGCUAGCCCAAUAUACUUCAGCUUGGUUUGGGCCAACCCAGUGCCCCACUACUUCCUUCAAGGCUUGUUUAACAUUUAUUUUUUUAAAAAAAUCCAAGCAACAAGAAACAAAUGAUGGAGAGACAGUAUCAUGUUAUACUUCUGUAUURGGAGGCAGGAGGGGAGGCCCGAAAGAAGAAGGGAAAAAAUUGAAACUGUCAAUAUUGCUGGUGAUGGUGUAGGUGUUAAUUUUCUGGAAAUGCCUCUUACAAGUUGAUAGUCAAAAUGAUUCCCACCAUUAGUCUAAUAGACAAUUUACUCUACUAGCUACACUGUUUAGAAAGAACAAGAAAAUCAACAAGCUCAACCACAACUUCAAUGGUGGAUACUAGACUUUAGCAGGGACUAUGUCCAGCACAGAAUUAGUACUACUACUAGCAGGAGGAGGUACUAGUGCUGCUAGUAGUAGUAAUACCACUACCAAUACUAGUUGGAGGAGCACUGCCAUAGUCACCAGCCAUCAGUAGUAUAAAGGAACACAAAGUGAUUGCAGUUUCUUGCUAGCAUGCCAGCAGCAGUUCAGUGGCAUGCACCUAAAUUGUUACAACAAACAACUCUUUGUGGGUUCCACUAGAUUUUGAUUGUCUUGGGGGCUCAGAGGUGUGUUCUAGGCAAUCUAAAAACUACUGCAAGCUCAAGCUGAACUAUCUAUUUUUGGUCUGUCAGUCUCCUGUCAAAACUACUACUACUAGUAGAUUGUAUUCCCAUUCAUUCAAUUUUUCCUAUUUUCCCUCUCGCUCGAGCGCAGUUCCAGAUGCUGGUAUGUUACGCCCAACACAACAUUACGUACUACGAACCCAGUUUAUUGGUAAUAAAAUUACACCUAGACUUCAAAAUUUUUGGCCACCAACUACUGUAACUUUGGCUGACUCCUAGCUAGAGCAUCCUUUGGCUUCCCAAUGACCUGGUUUUUUAAGUAAUUGUAUCAACUUCUUGGUCUGGGCGCUUAGUCUGGUGGUCUAAAGUUGUUUUUUGAUAGAGUUCUGGCCUAUUGUCUAACCAGCAGCCAGUCUCCACUGGCCAAAUUUGGCCAUAUCAGCUGUUAAUAGAGAACGGGCUCCUCCCCCCUGGCCCCUAAUCCUGUAACAACAAUGACAAACAGCACUCUUCUUAACACUAUGACCAAGCAUAUCUCCAAAGGGGAUCUCAUUUGAGCUGGUUCUUGAGCACUUUUAAUGGCCUCAUAAACACUCUUUGUGGUUGAAAAGUGACCAAAAACUUGUAGAUCUAUGUAGCAGCUGGUAGGAACCAGUACUAAAUGAACCGUGAUUUUACUAGUAAUUAUUUUUCUGCCUGGAGUAAAGUUACUUUUCUCCAAGUAGUGUUCAUUAGGUUUUUUACGUUUGACGCAUUUUAUUACCAAUUAACUGGUACGGUACCUGUAACCUGUAUUGCUUUUCUGUUGUUCGGCUCGGAGUAUCCGUUCGAAAACGUAAUGUAGUACUACCGUAGUACUUUAUUCCAAAGCUGAAAAGUUCAGUAUCACUUAACUCAGUCACAAUAAAAGGUGGCAAUUUUUCAAAAUUCCGGUGAUCAUACCAUAGGGCAGUAAAUCACCAUUUACCCUCUUUAUUUUUUAAAAACGAUUAAAUAACGUUUUACGACUAAGGUUUUGUAAAUAAUAUUUUUAAAAGGGAGGAUGCAAACGUCAGCAUAUAGCCUUUCCCAAGGAAUUAUCUUUUCACAAAUCAUUUACCCGCCAAAUGAGCGAUUACAACCUCAAAUUAAAUACGUAGCGAGCAUGCUUUUCCCGCUUUCUCAUGCGUAAAUUAUGUGCAUGAUUUUCUAUUUUCCAUGGAUGGGCUAGGAGCAAGUAAUGAUUAUCUUCAUCACUCUACAGUACGUACCGGUAGGACAUAAGCAUCGAAAAGGUUGAUGGAUCCAGUGAUUUAUUGAGGGAGUCUCGCAGCCCAGAGAGUGGACAAACAAGGCAAAAAAGUCGUUGGAGUGCAGAAAGACAUAAAAUAACUAAGCAAAAUGAGGGUCGUCGAUAUCAAGUUUCUCAAAGAUAUAGAGUUCGCCGACUCCGACGAAAGCGACACGGACAAAUCUUUCGAAAGCUUCCAGCAAGAGAUCCUGAGGGAACGGGAAUUUUGCAAUAUCGAUUGGAGGGAUAGCGAGGGCAAUCAACCUAUUUUAUCUUCUGAUGUAUUCCCCUAUAACUUCCCAGACGAUUCGUCUCCAAAGCUGGGUGGCACUUUGAAAGAAAUUAGUCCAACAAAAGUCAUGGACUUUGAUGAUGGAUUCGCAAUGGGCAGUAGCGGGGUCUCUUCUUCACCCGCUGCAGAGGAAAAAAGCAAUAACCAAGAUGAUUUUAAUCCUUCUCUAAAGCAUUCAUGGUGUGAUAUCCAUCAAAGCGAUAACUUCGAAUCUCACAAGCAGUCAAACUUGAAUUUUGAUAUUCCUGAAGUGGAAGAAGAGUUUCCUCCAAAAAAAUUGUUUGGCGACGAACCAAAGGAAAAUAUUUUAUCCAAGGAUCUUAGAAAAGAUUGGAUUGAGGCUGAAAAUUUUGCUUUUAGUACCACGGAUGACGAGACGAGAAAAGACGGAUGGUGGAGCCGUGACUUUGAUGAUAAUGAAGAAGGAAACGAAGAGACAGUAACUGCUUUUGGCAAACUGAGUUUUGAUGAUAAAAUUAAAGAAAGAAUGGAAAGAAAACCAAAUUCAGUGGUUUGCGACCUUGAUCAUGCUCACAAAGAGAAAAUGGGUAGCUGCAAUCUAGAUUUGCAUGGUUUCCCCAUUUCCACUACAGAAUGUACCGACAAGGAACAGCAAGAGAUGAUACGGAACGAUUGCCCUAAGCCAGAUGAUAUAAGUAUCACUGUUUCGGUUACAAGUAGAAGUACCAAAUGGAAGAGCUCUUCUUCUAAAGGAGCUAGAAGCAGGUUCUCGAAAAAAUGUUUGUCUCUCCCCAUCUGCAGUGAUUAUUACAUCCAGACCGAAGAUCAGGUUGACACUGACUCAGCGAAGCAGACUGUUGGAAAUCAGGAGAACCAAGAGGCAAAGAAUAACAAUGAUUGGAGCAAAAAAGAAGGGUCUCAGUGGGAGCGUUUAUUGGCCAAAGUACCAAUGGGAACACGGGUUAAGGCCAACAUUUUGCAGGUUCGACAAACUAUUAUGGCUUGUCACGAACCGGAUCUGCAGAAAUCAUCAUCUAGUGAUAUUGUCAAAGAAGCUUCAGUUGAGAAUGAAGACUCAGCGGCAACUAAAGGCAGUGGCGAUGAGUGUGUUUGCGAAUCCACCGAACAGAAAUUGAAUGACAGUGUGCUAUCCUAUAAAUCUGUGCAGCAGGUCAUCACAUCAGUGCUGUCCACUAGUCAGGAAGCUAUUAGUAUUCCAUCUGAUGCAUCGACACCAAUUCGGACGCAAACAAAAAGAGAUUUGAAAGUAGAACUUAAUUCAAGCUCCAGCCAGUUGGUUCACAAUCUUUUGGAUAAUCUCAUGAAUCUGAAGCACAAAAACAGGGAUUUUAACGAUUCCGAUUCAAAAUUAAAGCUAUGCAUCGAUCAUUACAAGCAAUCUGCAUUCAAGGCAUUGAUGUCAAAUCUGAAGGAUAACUUAGAAAUCACGGAGCUUCAUAUUUUUCGUUCUUGGGAUGGAAACUCAGAGCGGUCAAGAAAUUCMGAAGAUAUUGCCCUUCUCUUCAAAACAAUACARUCGCUCCCUAAUCUUGAAAUUCUCAACUUGGCAAACUUUCUUACGGAGGAAAUUCAUUUCGUUGCGCUUACUCAGUGGCAAAACCAAAACCUAAGUACAGUUAGAAUCCAUGUUUGCAAGGGUGCGAUAUCGCAACGUUUGCUCAAUAUUUUGGCCGAAUUACCGGCCCUUCAAGACCUAACUUUGGAAAUGAACGAGAGCUUCCCCUUUCACAUCCUGCUCAGCAGUCGAACAUUGGAAUCUCUUACCAUCAUAGCAAAUGACUUUAACGUCGACAAUUUGCAUGCAAUGGAGACCGUUCACAGUGUUCCUAAGAAUAAGAUUUUGAAAAAGCUCACAAUCGAACCCCCAUUGGAGCUCCGAACCUUCAAGUUACUUGCAGCCGCACUCCGCAAGAACACCGGAAUCGAAGAUCUUAAGUUUUCGCUGAUUCCCGGAAACCACGCUGAUACGAACAGUGCGAUAUGCGAGCUUGCCCGCACCUUAACGACAAAUUCUUCUCUGAAGACGAUUACGAAUAUCAACCCUUCAGACAUAAAAGUGAGGGAACGAACUUGUGACGUCAUGAUGAGAGCUCUAGCUGAGAACUUCAUAAUUGAGGAAUUCGUCGCAUUUGACGAAGAGCCUUGGUUUCGUACCAAGAAGGACAAUCUAUUGGCUGAGAACAAAGGGGAGAUUGAACCRCUUUUUCCUCAGAUCUUUAAUUGUGUAGAAGAUACCGGAAGAAAUCCACCUGGUGACGAUGAAGACGACGYAGAUGAUGCAAGUUCGGACGAUGGAGAGUCGUAUAGUGUUAGCGAUGGUGUUGCGAUGAUCGGUAACAAUAUGAAGUCCCAGGCAAAGCGAGCAGUAUCUGGUGUUACCGGUGCAUUGGACUUGGUUGGUAUUCAAAUGUAACAUGUGACUUUUCUUCGAGUUMUUUGUUCUAUUGUUACUCGCCAGUCUAGCUCAUCCCUUAAUGYAGAUACUACAUGAAGUAUCACAAGAAGACAUAAUCAAUAUUUAUAUUUCAG